UUAUAAUUUGAUCCCUCUCCGCCGCAGUCGACGAUUGUCAUUGUGUAUGGUAUAAACAAAUGUGUUUAGGAGACAGGUAUUAGAAAUGAAUUGAACAUUGAAGAAGCUCGUGUGGUUCUCCUGGAUCAAAAACCAUGGGAUUUGAAGAAUUUUGCAAUGGAACUUUAUGGGAUGAAAAUUUGCUGCUGAACAACUCCUAUCCACAGUUUACGGACUGCUUUCAGAACACUCUAUUAGUGUGGGUGCCAUCUGGCUUUCUGUGGAUCACCCUCCCAUUUUAUCUACCUGUGUUACUCUCCUCAAAGGAAGAUGUUACUCCGGUGCCACUCAACUGGCUGAAUGUCUCCAAAAGUUUCCUGAGUUUGAUACUUGGAUUCCUUAGUGUUGUGGAUCUCAUUAAAGCAACCAGUGAUAAUGAAACUAGUCAUGUCCCAACAGCCGUGUUUGUCGCUCUGGCCAUUAAAUUCGCCUCAUAUAUGCUGUCAGCAGUGAUUAUACAGAUGGAGAGACUACAAGGAUUCAUCACCUCUGGGGUCCUGUUUGUGUAUUUCUUGCUAACGACAUUGGCAGGAAUUGUGCCAUUUUACACUUACAUAGAAGAAAAGGUGUAUGAUACAAAUCUGAACAAGUUUGUCCUGUUUUACAUCUCAUGGGGCCUCCUCCUGCUUCAGCUGAUUUUCCACUGCAUUGCUGAGAAGGUAUCCAGGAGAGGUUAUUAUGAACUGGGAAGAAAACCAUCUCCUGAAACCAGGUCUUCAAUAUUAAGCAGGUUGACCUACUGGUGGAUAAACGGCUUGGUGAUAACAGCAUACAAGAAAGAUUUAACAGAAGAUGACUUAUUUGACCUCAAUCCACGUGAUGCUAGUGACAAAGUUAUUCCACAGUUUUCAGCGCAAUGGGAAAAGGAAGUGGCUAAGCACAAAAAAUUUGAAAAAGUUCCCAGAACAUCCAGUCAAAGGCAAGAUGUGUCCUUUAGGGCGGGAAGGACACAGCAUCAUCUGCAAGCCUCUGAGAAAACUCCUCUAAUGGGAACUUCCAGUCGUACUUACUCCACAACUGUGGAAAUAAAGGACCCCCAAAAGAAGAAGGAAGAUGGUGCAUCUCUAUUUAAAGUACUGGUUCGAACAUAUGGCAAAGACUUCCUUAAAGCAUGGGGAUGUAAAUUCAUAUAUGACUUGUUGCAAAUGGCCAGUCCUUCUCUUCUAAGCGUCUUAAUUGGAUAUGUGGAAAGCAAGAACACCAAAGGUUCCAUUGAAUAUGAGUGGAAAGGUUAUGUCUAUGCUACCGGAUUCUUUGUCAUAGCACUUUUACAAUCCACAUUUUUCCACCAAAAUUUCCAUAUUGGAAUGACACUGGGGAUGAGAAUGCGUUCAGCCCUUAUUGCAGCAGUCUAUAAAAAGUCAUUAACCAUGAACAAUGAAGCCAGGAAGACCUCCACUGUUGGAGAGAUUGUGAACUUGAUGUCGGUGGAUUGUCAGCGAAUGCAGGACCUUAGUGGAUAUCUCUGGAUGAUCUGGUCUGCUCCAGUGCAGAUCACGCUGGCUAUGUAUUUGUUAUGGAUGCAGCUGGGUCCAUCUGUACUUACAGGUUUAGCACUGAUGGUGCUCCUUAUUCCUGUCAAUGCCCUCAUUUCAAUGAAACAAAGAAAAUUGCAGAUUGACUUAAUGAAAUUGAAAGACAAAAGACUGAAACUGAUGUCAGAAGUGUUGAAUGGAAUGAAGGUCUUGAAAUUAUAUGCAUGGGAGCCAUCUUUUCAAAAGAAAAUUGCUGAGAUCAGGGACAGUGAAACAAAAAUUCUGAAGACAAAUGCAUUCUACAGUGCUUUCAGCUCUUUUUCCUUCACAACUGCUCCUUUUCUGGUGACCUUGGUGACCUUCCUGACCUAUGUGUUUACAUCAGAUACAGGUUACCUUAGUGCUCAGAAAGCAUUCACUUCUUUGUCUCUGUUCAACAUUUUAAGGUUUCCCAUCAAUCUGCUUCCUAUGAUGAUCUCGUAUGUGGUUCAGGCUAAUGUUUCCAUAGGAAGAAUUUCCAAGUUUUUGAAAAAUGGAGAUUUAGAUGCAGAUGCAGUUCAACAUGAACCAAAAUCAGACUCAGUAGUGUCUGUACAGGAUGCAACAUUCAGCUGGGAUUCUGAAUUACAGCCAGCUCUGAGAGACAUUGACUUUAAGAUCCCUGCUGGAAAGUUGGUAGCAGUGGUGGGACAGGUGGGCUCAGGUAAAUCGUCACUUCUAUCUGCCCUCCUUGGAGAGAUGGACAAAGUUGCAGGGAGCGUCAAUGUUUUUGGUAAAGUGGCAUUUGUUCCACAACAAGCUUGGAUUCAAAAUGCAACAGUCAAAGAUAAUAUCCUGUUUGGAAAACCUAUGGAAGAAAGCAAGUAUGAUGAAAUUCUGGAUGCUUGUGCUCUUAAACCAGAUCUAGAAAUUCUGACGGGGGGAGACAUGACAGAAAUCGGAGAAAAGGGUAUAAACCUGAGUGGAGGGCAGAAGCAGCGAGUGAGUUUGGCCCGAGCUGUCUAUAACAAUGCUGAUAUCUACAUGCUAGAUGAUCCUCUCAGUGCUGUGGACUCCCAUGUAGGAAAGCAUAUCUUCCAGAAAGUUGUCGGUGCAAAAGGUCUUCUACGCAACAAAACAAGAAUCAUGGUGACACAUGGGAUCCACUGGCUGCCAAUGGUAGAUUCCAUCAUUGUGUUGAUAGAUGGCAAAAUCACAGAGAUGGGGACAUAUGAUGAACUGUUGAGUCAUGAUGGAGCCUUUGCCCAGUUCCUGAAGACUUAUCUAACACAGGAGGACCCCGAUGAAGAGGAAGAUGAAGAAAUUGAACAGAUAAAAAGUAAAAUAUUACAACGAGUUGAAUCGGUGACCUCUGACACUGGAGCCACUUCUGGGGAAGAAGGAAAAAUUAGAAAAAGGAGAGACAAAAAAGAAAAACCUCCACUGGCACGAUCUAUCUCAACAAUUGAUGGUUCUGAACUGAAAGACAAAAAAGAUGUAAAGUCCCUGGGUGAUGAACCAAAGGUGAAGGACAAGGAUAAGCUUAUUCAAGAAGAAAAGGCAGAAAAGGGCACUGUGAAAUGGAAGGUGUUCAUGAUGUACUUCCGAGCCAUUGGUCUGGCUGCUUCCCUGGUUAUCCUAGCCGUCUUUAUUAUCUUUCAAGGAGCCAGUGUGGGGGCCAACAUUUGGCUGUCCAUAUGGACAAAUGAUAAGCAACUUGCAAACAUUAGUCAGGCCAACACUACAGAAUACCAAGACAGAAACUACAUGUUCCUUGGGAUUUAUGCAGUUUUUGGUGUAAUUCAAGGUUUAUUGAUUAUGAUCUACACACUUCUGGCUACAUACAAAAUGGUGGAUGCCUCACGAAAGCUUCACAAUUCCAUGUUGGAUAAUGUCAUGAGAGCACCGAUGAGUUUCUUUGAUACCACGCCCAUUGGUCGCAUAGUAAACAGAUUUUCCCGAGAUGUGGAGACUACAGAUUCGACCCUUCCAAUGGUCCUUAGGAUGUGGCUCAAUAUGUUUUUCAGCACCCUCAGUACCUUUGUAGUCAUCAGUUACAGCACUCCUCUGUUCAUGACCAUCAUUAUUCCUGUGCUCAUUUUUUAUUUUUUAGUCCAGAGGUUUUAUGUACCUACAUCACGACAACUCCAGAGAAUAGAGUCCACAACACGAUCCCCCAUCUUCAAUCAUUUUAGCGAGUCCCUCAGUGGAGCCUCUUCCAUCCGAGCCUACAAUGAAAAUGAAAGAUUUAUAAACCUGUCGUUAGCCAAAGUGGAUAAAAAUAUACUGUACUACUUUGCCAGAAUUGCAUCAAACAGAUGGUUAGGAUGGAGGUUGGAGCUUGCUGGUAAUCUGAUUGUGUUUGCAGCAGCCAUUUUUUCUGUUGUGACACCGGAUCUGAGCGGAGGAUUAGUGGGUCUCUCUGUGUCGUAUGCUCUUCAGGUAACAAGUGCCCUUAAUAUGUUGGUCAGACAAAGUGCUGAAUUAGAAACAAAUGUUGUCUCUGUGGAAAGACUGAAAGAGUACUCGGAAGUGGAAACUGAGGCGGAGUGGAUCCAGCCAUUCAAAAGACCACCUCAUGAUUGGCCAGCCCAUGGUGGAGUUGUCUUCCAUGAUUAUAAAACCAGAUACCGAGAAGGAUUAGACCUUGUACUGAGAGGAGUAUCUUUUCAAGUACAGGGUGGUCAAAGAGUUGGCAUAGUUGGCAGGACAGGAGCAGGGAAAUCUUCUCUGACUGUGGCUCUGUUCCGCUUGAUUGAAUCUGCUGGAGGUCAGAUUGUGAUAGAUGGUCAGAGAAUUUCUGACAUGGGGUUACACGAUCUCAGAAGGAAGCUUACUAUUCUGCCACAGGAUCCAGUUUUAUUUUCUGGAACACUGCGAAUGAACAUUGACCCAUUUGAUGCCUACACAGAUAAGGAUAUUUGGAAUGCAUUAGAACAUUCUCACCUGAAGACUUUUGUACAGGGCCUUCCUGAUGGAUUGCAGCAUGAAUGUGGAGAGGGAGGACAAAAUCUAAGUGUUGGGCAAAGACAACUGGUUUGCUUAGCUAGGACAUUACUAAGGAAAACAAAGAUUUUAAUAUUAGAUGAGGCAACCGCAGCAGUAGACAUGGAAACAGAUGACCUUAUCCAAAAAACCAUCAGGACAAACUUCAGUGAUAGCACAGUGCUGACAAUUGCCCACAGGCUUAACACCAUCAUGGACUAUGACAGGGUACUAGUGCUAGACAAAGGUCUCGUCAAGGAGUAUGACAGUCCAGACAAUCUUCUGAAAAACAAAUCUUCUAUCUUCUACGGAAUGGCUAAAGAUGCCAAUUUAGUGUAACUGCAGGAAACUAGUUUGUUUCAACUGUGUAUUUGUUAAUGAAUGUGACCUUAUCUAGUUUAUGGUUCAACUGUGUAUUUGUUAAGGAAUGUAACCUUUUCUUUGACUGAGAAACAUAAAUACUGACACCUUAUUUGCAUUUUAAAGGUAGCUCAUUAUGGUAAAUUUUUAUUCAAUGCCUUGUUAAAACACCCCAUGAAGUAUGAUUUCACCAUCGAAAAAGUGAUACAGGCUCUGAAGUAUUUUAUAAGAAUUUUUUAUGAUUUAUACCAGAAUGAAAAAAAGGUGUUUUGUUUGCAAAUAAGAUACUCUAGAGUCCAAAUUUUGCUGUGAUUCGAUGCAUAAUAUGAAUAUCUAAGAAAACAUGCUUAAACAACUCAGAUAAAUGUUCUAAUUUUUUAAAUAAAAAAAUAUUUAUGAAAAUUGAAAACGUUUUAUGCUAAUAUUUUUUAAAUCUAUGGAUAAAAUCUUCAAAAAACAUGUCAGUUAGAAAAAAGAUGUAUCAGAGAAAUAUAUUUCAAAAAGAAAUUGAAAUGAAAUGGUCAAAAUUAAGAAAUAUUACAAAUUUUUUAAUUUGAACCAAGCCCGAUCGGAAUUAUUAAAAAGUAGUCAUAGAGAGCAUCAUAAUCAGAAAACUACAUUCCCUUGAUGUAAAAGGGUUUGCAAAUUAAACGACUUUAUAAAGGAAACUGAUUUCUUGAUGAACAGUGCAUACAAGUAGCAACAAUAUGAUUAUUUUAGUCAUUUCUAUAAAUUUUGAUCGGGAUCGGUACUUUUUUCUCCAGUUUGAAUUCUACACUGGUAGUCAUAUGAAUGUACGAACUAUUGUUGAUAUGAAUUUUCUUUUUAAAAAGUCUUCAUUUUAUAUUGUGGUCAUACACAGCAAAUAGCUUUAAAAAAUAUCUUAAUGGUAACUAUACUCGUCUUCAUUACAUAAUGUACAUACAGUACUAUUCCAUACAUACUUCGACAUAUUUACAUUUCCAAUGUUUUUGCCUUUCAUAUCUUUACAAAUUGUAAUGAUAGCCAUUUCCUCAUGAAUACACUGCAGUUGUGAAUGAAUCUUUAUAGGUUAUAGACUUUGUAUGGGAAAAUAUGACGACCGAGUUUUUUGGCGCGUAGACGGACUGAGCUUGCGAGGUCCGUCCGCUACAAAAAACGAUGUCGUCAUAUUUUCCCAAACAAAGUCUAUAACCUUUAUAUUAUAUACUUUCAAUUUCAUUUAGAAACUAACAAAAAUUUAUUUUUAAAAUUUUUUUAAUUGGUUUAAGGUUGAUCGAUCCUCAUGUGAUGUCAUAGGUUUUUGCAAAAAUCUUAAUAAAUUAAACUUUGCGCAUGAUAGAAAUAUAUCUUUCCGAGGAAUUUUAUUCACUGGAUAUAAUAAAAAAUCUGGUAAACUAUUAAUACUGAAAAGUUUAUAUUUUCCAUAGAUAAUCAAUUAUUUAUGAUUAAAAUAAUUUUGUCAAGGGCAAUAACUCCUAUGCUGGAAUUUCCUCUACUGGAUGUCUAUUAUACAUUGGUUUACCUAAUAUCCACAAUUAAUCUAUACAUAUUUAUGAAUUAUCAGGUUUUUUAAAACUGUUGAUAUUUAAAUUUUGUCAUUUCAACAAGUUUUUAUCUAUUUUUAUUAUUCUGUUUAACGAAAACGUGCGAUUUUCUGAUGUUGAUGUAUACUACUGUUUUUGUAUGUCUGACAUCUUUAAAAAGGUGGCAACAUAUAUAUUUUCUUUGGCUAUUAAUUAAAUUAAACUAUAUUGAGUGGAAAUUGAUACAGUUUUUCCACUUUUAACCAUUAAUAUUAAUAAGUCACAUGAGGAUGGAGCUACCUUAAAUGAGUAAAAGAUGAAAAACAAGAAGAAUUUGAAAAUUAACAACGCAGUAAUUUGCUUGUGUAUUGAUUGUGACGUAAUGUUUGCGGGCCGGAAUGUUUGCGGGCAUAUAUCGUGUGAUAUAUGCCCGCAAACUUUUAAAGAAAAGAGAAGAGAUGAAAUUGAAAGUAUAUAAUAAUGAUGGAUAUAGUACAUCUAUUUUAAUGGCAGGGAAUUCCAACAGAAAUAAAAAUGUAAAUAUAAAAAAAUACAUGUGGGUAUGAACCAUAAGGCUUCACACCUGUAUACUGUUCAUGCAGUGUUAACUCGGCCACUUCAUUAAGUAUACCCUCACGAAGCAUUGCAGUUCAUACUCUCAUGUAUUUUCAAAAAUGAAAUUUAUCUCUUAACUGUAUAAUUAUUUUUGAGCAGGCUGGGAAAUGAAGUAGAGUUUAGGUAGUAAUGACAUUAAAAGAAGCAGGACUUAGUUGUUAAAUUGAACCAUAUCAAUUGGAUUUUUGUUGUUGAAAUCUUUGUUGAUGGGUAUCAUUUAUUUGAUUUAGCAGAUGCUAGUUGAUUAAUUACAUUUAUGAAAAAUGAUAUUUUUGAAUGUAUUGCAAAUAUGGAUUGAUAUACAAAAUACAUGUAUUUAAGGAUAUAUAACAUGUAGCGAAUUUUGUGUAUUUAUAGUCCGACUUAUUCAGCUACAGCUUUUAGGUUUGGUGUGAUAUUUUAUACUGCUUGUUUUACCGUUAGGUUUGGUGUGAUAUGUAUACUGUUAGUUUUACUUGUAUUGUUUAUAAAGAUGUGAUUUUAAAAUGUGUAUUUAGUAUUCACAAGCACUUGCAUAUAUUUUUUUUUAAUAUGUUAAGAUAGUGCAUGUUUUAAAUCUUACUGGAAUGAAACCAGGGAUCUGUAUUUUCUGUAACUUCGAGAAUUGUAUUGAGGUGAUAGUUAUUUAAGUCCAAUGUGAAAUCAAACUGAACAAUUCAAGAGAACAUUUGCUUAUGAAACAAAUAUUCUGGAAUGAUUCUUAACUAAUUUAUGUUAAUUCUUUCUUAAUCAAUAACAGAUGAAGAAAUUUGAUGGAAUAGAUUAUGCUGGCUCAUAUAAGAUUGAGAAUUACUUUAAUAUAAAAUCCAGUGCAGUUUUGUCAUACAGGUGUUGUUUCAUGUUUGACCCACUACUGUAAACAGUAACUCCAACAAAGAUAUGUUUAAAAUAUUGAAACAGAUAUUGCUACAUCAUUAAGAUAAUUUGCAUUUUUUUCCUAAAGAUCAUUGUACUGUAUAUGAAAUUGAUUCCAUUUAUGUUUUUUGUUAAUAAUUAACUAUUGAUGAAGUAAUGUUAAUGUUAUGUAAUUGAUUCUAAACAGAAUGCGCAUGGAUGAAUGAAAGCUACCUGACCAAUAGCAUCAGAGGUACAGAAGUACCCAAUUCCUUAACAAACAUUAUUGUCACUCUUCCAAAACCACAGGUUGUUAUUCAAGCAAAAGGGAAUGCUGAGUUUACAAGUAUUACUAGUUGAAUGGCGUUCAAAAUGCAGACUGAAUGAUAAAUUUCAGCAACUUGAUGCUUAAAUGCAGUUCAAUUGUUUUUUUGCCAAUGCAUGUGAUGUUUGUAUGGUGGAUGUUCCAAAUUCACUUCACCAAAACAAUUGUUUGAUAAAGUAAUCAAAAAGUAACCAUGACUACUAUUGUAAUCAAGUAUUUAGUAUCCAAAAAAGCAGCAAAUUGAUUGUAACUGUAAUCGUGAAAUUUCAAAGUAAUUGACCACAUGUCUUUGACCAAGAGAAGGUUUGUAAUAGUAUUUGUCCUUGUAAGUCUAUUACUAAAAUUAGACAGUGAUUCACAGCAUGUAAAAGAUACACUCCAUACAUGAUAGUAAGAUGAACAUUAAAGCGUAUAGCAGCUUAUUGUAUUCUUUGUAAUGAUUAUUUUCUACAUUCACUUAAUUGUGUACAACUAUUGUCUUAUGCCUUUCUUUCAUAGACAUGUUUAUCUAUCAGUGUAUUAUCAAUUUUUGAUUUAGAACUUUAUAUUCAUUAUUUUUAUUAGAUUUCAUGCUAUACAAGUGUAGAAUAUAUGAUGCAUUUAAAGACAAUAUUUUAGAUUUAAAGUGAGUGUAGCUUGAUAUAGUAGAGAUGUUUUAUUAUUCUAGAAAUGGGGAGAAGAGUUAUAUUCACACACUUUUUUGUGAUAUUAUAGGGUUUCUUGAACUUAUAUUUGUGAUUAUUGGUUUAAGAGUUGGAUGUAAAUUGUAUGAGGCCAAGCUUAAAAAAUUCUUUGUUUGCAGUUGUCAGCCCACCUUUUCUGGAGUGGGUAGUAGGUAGGAUAUUAUUUUUUUUUAGAAAUAAAUAACAUUUAACUUGA